AUGGCAGAGUGUGGGGUCACUGGGAGGGUCCUGGGACUGAAGAUCCUGCCCUUCUCACCAUGUGACCUCAGGCACCUUCCUCUCCACAGUCCCACCUUCUCCUGGAGAAAUUCUGUGUUCCUGCUUCUUCUCUCCCUCUCUUUGGAGGAGACAUCUGCUUUGCCAGGCAGCAAAGUCAAACAGAAACUAGGAGUGUGCCCCAAGGAGAGGCUCGCCUGUAGGAUUAAAGUUCCAGACUUGUGCAAAAUGGAUUUGGACUGCCAAGAACACCUGAAGUGCUGUUCUUUCGCCUGCGGGAAGAAGUGCAUGGACCCACAACAAGAACCCUGCAUGCUCCCCUUAGACCCAGGAACCUGUCAGAGUAAGGACAUGCACUGGUAUUUUGACUUUAAAGAUCAGUUAUGCAAGCCCUUCACAUACGGAGGCUGCCGUGGAAAUGCCAACAACUUCUUGAGCAGGGAAGACUGCAGAAAGGCUUGCGGAUUAGUUGUCAAGAGGGGACAGUGUUCACUUUACCCUUUCAAGUCCCGUAUGGAGUGUUCGGCUUCAUGUAAGAGUGACAUCGAUUGCCCCCAAACUGAAAAAUGUUGUGAAUCCAUGUGUGGCUUUGUUUGUGCCAACGCCUGGACAGUCAAAGCAGGUUUCUGCCCACGCAAACCCUUGAUGUGUUCAAAGAUUGAUAAACCCAAGUGCCUGCAGGAUGAGGACUGUCCAGUGGCAGAGAAGUGCUGUUCACUUUGUGGACUGAAGUGCCUGGAACCCCAAAAAUGAAAAGUAAGUGCAAAAUAUCAUCAUCAAAGUAAUCAUGAGUAGCAUAAUAAAAAACUAUCAAUUUUAUCUUAAAUCUAACUAU